AUGGGUAUUAACAGAUUGGACAAUGAGACUCAUUUGCUUCAAAUGAAUGAUCCUGAAAAGUUUGUGAACCUCGAAAUCGACCCUCCUAAGGGUGUUCUAUGCUAUGGUUCACCUGGUACCGGUAAGACACUUUUAGCUAGAGCUAUGGCUAAUAGAACUGAUGCGUGUUUCAUCCGUGUUAUUGGAAGUGAACUUGUUAAGAAAUAUGUUGGGGAGGGUGCCCGUCAGGUUCGUGAACUAUUUCAGAUGGCACGUUCCAAAAAAGCUUGUAUCGUGUUUUUUGAUGAACUAGAUGCCAUAGGAGGUGCAUGUUUUGAUGAUGGUGUGGGUGGAGACAAUGAGGUUCAGCGCACUAUGCUUGAAAUUGUGAAUCAACUUGAUGGAUUUGAUGCUCGAGGGAACAUCAAAGUUCUUAUGGCAACAAAUCGACCAGACACUCUAAACCCUUCUGUUACUAGUGGAUCCGUGGUUGGUGCUAUUUGAUUAUAUAGUCCAUCAAAUGUAUCAUCAUGACAGUUUGAGUUUUGCAAUAGCUUUGUUGUGCUAAAAAAAAAAAAAAAA